AGGCUUCGAAUCAAAUUCACAGCAUAAAAGAAGACAACAAACUGAGAAUAUUGCAAUUUAAAGCAAGUACCCUAUUGAUAUUUGCCGAAGCACAGCAAGCUAGUAACCCGCAAUUUGUAUCGAUUUCCUAAUUGCCAUUUACAAUUGUGUUUGACGACCCGGUUUAUUAUAACAGCUAGUUAGCGUAUUGAUCAGUUUUGGAGGGUUGGUAGGCAGCAGACAGCAGUCGCAAAUACGUUCUCUGAGCGAAAUUGUUAAUUGCAAUUUCCUAUCACUUGUCUAGUUUGGGAUUGGGAAGGAACAGAGUGAACUGACAACGCAAUUAACAUCACCUAACGUUCGUCAAGGGUACCAAACCAGAAUCAAUAUUUUAGUACCUGAACGAUUAUGUUUUAUUAGAUCACUCUAUAAUUGAAAUCAAAUUGUAAUCACUCAGAAGACUUUCCGAUAUUGGACCUUCAACGUAACCAUGACAAUCAAAGGACCACGAGCGCGUAGCGCAAGUGCGCCGUCCCUAGGAAUUGAUUUCAGUGUGGAAGAGUGUCAUGAUGAGAGGCCGCCGCACAUUAUACGUGUGAUAUUGCUUGGUUGUUCGGGAGUUGGAAAGUCAGCUCUAAUAGAGACAUUUGCGUCAUCAUUUUGCUCCGAGUUAAACGAAGAACUCUCAACAGACCUUAAUACAAUGUGCGAUAUUUAUGAGAGGAAGGUUAUGGUAGAUAAUGAAGAGGUCGUUAUUCAACUCAUAGACACACCGGCGUAUGAACUGAAACUGUUUGAAGAGAAUGAAGACAGUUACUUAACUGCGGGCGAUGCAUAUUUGUUGGUGUACUCAGUAACAGAUAAGAGAAGUUUUAGGAAAGCUUGUGAACUGAGAUUCAAACUUCGGCGAACGAAAGAGACGGAAACAGAUCCUAUAAUUCUUGUUGCAAAUAAAACCGACUUAGAAAGGUCACGGGAAAUUCAAUAUGAAGAGGGACGCCAUUUUGCGGCUACAUUUGACUGUAAGCUUGUGGAAACAUCUGUGCCGUUAUCGCAUAACAUUGACGACUUAUUCAUCGGCGUCAUCCGCCAGUAUCGCCUGCGCAAACACAGAUCAGAUGACCUCGACAUGAAUCAGAAUAAAGAGAGCCCACGUAAAAUGUUACAGAAACGCAGAUCGUCUCUGCUCAAGCGUGCACGAGGAAUGCUGGGAAGGUUGCUGCGCAGGAAGCACAUCAACGAGCCCGAGGGUUACAGAUCAAGAUCAAAAUCAUGUCACAUUUUAGAGGUGCUGUAAAUGUGUGGAAUUUCUGGUCUGAGUUAAUAAGAAUGAUGGACUUCAAAAACUCUAAGCAUUAUACGUAAUGUUCCAGUAUGAGCUACCAUUAAAACAAA